AUGUGGAGAAAAGUUCAAAGUUCAUGCUCAAUUCAACUUGGGAAUAACUCCAAUCAGUAUGUUGCUUUCAAGGUGAAAACUACUUCUCCAAAGAAGUAUUGUGUGCGACCGAAUACUGGUAUUAUUAAGCCCAAAGCAACAUAUGAUUUCACAGUUACUAUGCAAGCUCAGCGUGUCGCUCCACCUGAUAUGCAAUGCAAAGACAAGUUCCUGAUUCAAAGUACAGUUGUCCCCUUUGGGACAACUGAGGAGGAUCUUACCUCUGACAUGUUUUCAAAAGAUAGUAGCAAAUAUAUUGAGGAGAAGAAACUAAGGGUGAUCCUGAUUAGUCCACCUCCUUCUCCAGUACUUUUACCAUGUAAUGGAGCCUUGAAGCAAGAUCCUUCUAGUGAAACUCUGGUGCAAAGACUGCUCAGUGGAGUUGAAAACAUUCCUCCGCCUCGAAAGGUUGCUGAGGAUGCCAAGUUGAUUGAAACUGCUGAGGAAUUGGAUGAGUUAAGAGAAGCCAAAUGUGUGGACUCAAGACCUUCUGACGAUGUGGAGGGGUUGAAAUCAGUGAAGAAUGUUGUUGAGUUGAAUAUUGCCGAGGAUUUUGAGGAUAUGAAAUCAAAGCUAAAUACUAUGGAUUCAAAACUCAGAGAGGCUGAACUUACAAUCACAAAGCUGACAGAAGAGAGGAAUAUGACCACUGUAGAGAAGGAUACGCUUAAGGAUGAAUUGGAAGUGUUGAGGAAGAACAAUGUGAGAAGAAUUCAGAUGGGCUUCCCCUUAUUUUACGUGUGUAUGGUUGCUCUUAUCAGUGUGGCAGUCGGAUACCUUAUUCAUCCAUAAGAGAGAGCACUUUUGUGGCCCUAUCACCGAGCAUUUUAGAACAAUAGAUGAUCUGAGUUUUUUUUUUUUUUUAAUUGUUUUGGUUUAUUAUUAGAAUGGUCUAACACCGCAAAUACCCCCUUUUUUUUUGUACGUGAUAUGUGAUAUAGUAACUUCUAUUAAUUGUGCAUAUAGAAAUAACCAAUUCGUUUGGUGUUUACCAAAAAGAAGCCCAUGUAAUGGCAUAAUGAGGGUUGAUUUUUGCCACAGUGAAUGUUGGUCAUCUACUUUUGUGGGAUAUUUCUGGAGUGUUGGUGUUAGAACUUAAUGUAAGUUUAUUAACCUGAAUAGAUCUGAAUUUGCAAUUUCUUCUGCA